AUGUCAUCCUAUGACCGUUUGGACGGUAGGACUCAGAAUGUUUUUGUAAAAGAUGAUGAAAUCCGAGUGCUAGAGUCUCGAUAUGGGAGAACCAGGAAUAUGCUUGCCGUUGUGUCUGGCAUCGUCAUAUGUGUUAUUAUAAUUAUACUGCUACCUUACUUCUUUGCAGCAUCAUACGUGAAGUAUGAUGAGCCCAAUGUUGGAGGACUGUAUUCGAACUUAUAUGACAUGAUAACUAGUGAUGAUGGUGCAGGAGCACCGAACUCCACUAUCUAUGGUGCUGCCAUUCAAUCAUGGCAGCUGGACACGUCAAGAGAGUAUCAUCUCUCAAGAUUUGGCAAAUGGAACUCAGAUGUUCCCCCUACUACGAGGGAAUACAACUUUACAAUUAGUGAAGUUGAGGAUACGUACCCAGCUGGCGUGAAGAAAACUAUGACUCUCAUCAAUGGCAAAUUCCCUGGCCCAUUGAUCCAGGCUAAUGAGGGGGAUAGGAUUAUUAUAAACUUCCUCAAUAACGCCUCAACGUCAUCGGCACUUCACUUUCACGGACUGCACCAGAAUGGCACGAACUACAUGGACGGAGCUGAAGGUAUAACCCAGUGCGGCAUCGCACCUGGAAAGUCUUUUACUUAUAACUUCACAUUGGAUAAUAUUUGGGGUACCUACUGGUAUCACUCGCAUUACAGUACACAAUAUCUUGAAGGUGUCUUUGGUCCUGUUGUUAUCCAUUCAAAGAAAGAAGAUGAAAAAUACAAGGAUCUAUAUGAUGAGGAAAUGGUAAUUCUGUUGAGUGAUCUUUAUUUUGAGAACUCUUAUGAUUUGAUCCAGUCUUAUAUUGCACCAGAUGUUGAAAAUGCGGAACCUAUCCCUGAUUCUGGUCUGAUUCAAGGUAAAAAUUAUUUUGAUUGUACUAGACUUGAGCCCAGCGGAAACUAUUCAUGCAAAAACACAAGUGAUUAUGCAAUUAUUCCUGUGCUAGAGGAUAAGACAUAUAGAUUGCGUAUCAUAAGUGCUGGCGGAUUCUCUGAAUUUGACUUUUCUAUUGACAACCACAUACUUCAAGUGGUGGAAGCUGAUGGUGUUAACACAGAACCGUUGCCCAUUGAAGCAUUGCGGUUAGCAAACGCUCAACGAUACUCAGUAUUAGUUACCAUGAAUCAAACCUCUGUUUCUGCUGGUCACUGGCUGAGAGCAUCUAUGAACACCCAUUGCUAUGAUGGUGAAAAUCCUCAUUUGGAUCCUGAAUUGCGGGCCAUUCUCUCAUACCCGGAGAUGACUAGGUUGACAAUCGCAAAUGACGGAGUUCCGCCGUCUCUACCUGAGACCCCAAAAUCGCAUCAGCUAGAUGGAACAGUGAAAUGUCUGGAAUUAAAUGAAACCCUGCUUAUACCGUCCUUCCCGCUUGUGGCUCCUGAACCUGACACAUUAAUACACCUUGAUGCGUCGUUCAUGAUUGGUGCCCAUCAAAUUUCUUUGGGUUAUUUCAAUUCUUCUACUUACAAAAAGCAUGCAUCAAAUUAUUCAACUUUAAAUGAGAUUUACAAUAGCAUUGACCGCGGACAAAUAAGUCAAAUAUUCAGUGAUUCAUCGGUUACACCUGAGUGGGCUAAUGGGGACAUGGUAGUUACUAUUGAUAAACCGAUGGUUGUUGAUUUACUAAUAAACAACUAUGACGAUGGGUAA